UAAAGACAUUUUGUAGUUUAGUCUUAAUUCGGUUGGGCUUGCAAAUUUUGUUUACAGGCCAUGUAGUAGCACGGAUUGACACGCGCUGGCCUCAUUUUUAAACAAACUCAAUUACUGAAGGCGACAGGAAGUGGGUUGGAAUUGGUUACCACAUGUUUUUGUUUUUAGAAAAGGUACGUGCUUAGAGAGGACUUUGUAUUUCUUUUUUACCUGCAUAUUUUGCAAACAGUCAUGAAACUUUUUACUCCAUGCCUCCUAUAUUUAACAUGUAUUUGUUUUAAGGAUGAGUUACACUCCCGUUAUGCACUAAACCAAGUUUUGUCUUUUUAUAUCUGAUGAUUAUUUUUUAUGUUUAAGUAUUACAGUGCAUUACUGAAAUCUGUUUUUCUGUAACAUGAAAAAUAAACAAGACUAUAUUUUUGUCUUUCUGAAUCAGGAAAAAUGUUCACCUUGGAGUUUUGAUUCAGACAGAAGCGCGAAUUUUCUCGACUUCUGGUUUGACCUAAAUAAACUGCUGACUGCUCUCCUCCAAACAGUAUGGUUAUAUAGGAGCUGCUUCUCAAGUAGUACUAAGAGUUGAACUGUAAGCUGUCACUGUUGUCAGCAACUUUGUGUGAGUAAUGAAGACGGGUCUCUUGGCGACUGCUGGAUAUUAUUGGAUGAGAGAUGUCGGGUGUAUUUUUGAUGCUUUUUGUUGUUUUCUGUCCUUUGAUUCUGUCUGAAAGUGGAGAUGAUGAUGUUUUAGAUGACGAGGAUGUGACCUGUUCAUCCAAUUUGACGUUAAAACAGAGCAGUCUCUCCUGUUCUCUGAGUGGCGAACCGAGCGAGGAAGUCAGAUUAACACUCUGUAUGUCACACCAGACUGUCUGUACAAAUGCAAUUAAGGGACCACAGGACUUUACUUUUCCAAAUUUGACCAUUUUGGCAACAUAUGACCUCCGGAUUGAACCAGGAGAAUAUGUCAAGACCAACCUCAAGCUGCCAAAAUUAGUUAAAAUACCUGCCCCUCAAAUAUUGUUGGCCACGUAUAUAGAAGAUGCAGAGGAAGGCUUCUUGUCAAUUCAACACAAUCAUGAUUAUGUUAAAAAUCCUCUUUUUCAAGUGAAGAUCUUUAGUGAAAGUACUGUUCCUAUAUUGGAUUUUAAUACCAAACUGCAGAAUAUAACUAUAAGCAGGGAUAAACUUGGUGGCGUUGGUGUUUAUAAUAUUCUAGUUAGAGCAAAACCUGAGGGAUAUUUUGAAGGCAUGUGGAGUGAAUGGAGUUCAAAAGCCAGUUUCACUAUUAAAACUCCUGGCAAAACAAGAAACAUUGAUCCUCCAAUAGUCAUUGAGAUCCUCAUCAUAUUCUCUGUAUUUUUGCUGUUGAUCAUCUGUCUUGGGACUUGGACUUGGAAAACAAACAUAAAAAACUGCAUGAAACCAAACAUCCCACAUCCCAAAACCACCCUUGCACAAAUACAAAGAGGGAGGGAGGGUUUUCCUUUCAUUUUCAGCCCUGAGAUUUUCCGAGACACUUUCAUACACCGCGUGGAUUACGUCGAUGAAAAGCCAACCGCUGAGGAGUUUCAGGAGGGUCUGGAUGAACGCCGCUACAGUCGAGUGAGUUCAAAGGAUUCUCUUUCUACAUCCGUGUGUGAAAUGGACACAAAUGUGGCGGAACUGCUUCCAAGAGAGCAGUCCCACUUGAAAAUCGGAUUGUCAAGUGAAUCCGAUUUUCCUGAAGAAAGAAAAUGUGUAUCUGAGGGUGUAACGACCCUUCAAAGAGAAUGUAAAGAUGAAGCUUAUGUCACAAUGUCAAGCCUUUUCAAAACGCAAUAAAGACUGGAUUAAGACAUGCAAAUCAAAGACCUUUACAGGUUAUGCUGCUCACAUGUUCAAGGUGUAACCAAGAUUGUAUAUGAUGUUAAGCAAAGAAGACCGCUUGAGAUGUGCUCACAGAUAAUUUUCCUUUUUAGACAUUACUAUUAUAUCCAGUUUGGGGCACUGAUGAAAAUAUGUAAGAAUAUAUAUAUAAACUCCACUGGGUGAUGGAUGAAUGUAAGCCUUUUCCUAGAGCAGUUUCUGGUACAGCACUAAACCCAAAAUACAAUGGACAGAAGUGGUCCCAAAUACAGUCCAUAAUUCUCAAGUCAUCACAGACCUAAAUAACAGCUGCUAACGUUGGUGUUCAUAACCAUCUAUCUAUCUGUCUGUCUGUCUGUCUAGCAUCUAUCUGUAGCAAUCUGAAUAUUGUGUAUAUUAUGUAUAGUGGCAUAUACAGACAUAUACUAUGUGUAUCAGGAAUGUUAAUAAACUUAAGACUUAAGCAAUCAAAGUAUUUAAUAUUUUGCAUUAAUUAUACUAUAUUACAUCUGUAUAAGCCCUUCAAACUUGCAUGAAAGUAGAAUAUAUUUGUACGAUUUAAAUUCUAUUUAGUACGCAUGUGACUUAACUUGCAAAAUGUAUAACUAUAGCCUAUAAAUAAAAUCUGUCAUAACUAUU